AUGGCUGAUUCAACCCAUCUCCUACUCUACCACCAAAACUCAUCUGAUUCAAUCGUUCAUCAUCAAGAUUAUGAUGCACACAACCUUUCAUCUCUUAGCUCCACAAUAGACAAGUGCAUUGGAGAUAAACUCAACUGGACCCAAUUCCUCCAAGCUCUUCUCAUCUCAUGUUCAUGGUUCUUUGAUGGUCAACAAGCAUUCAUCACUAUCUUCACAGACGCACACCCAUCAUGGCACUGCAUCGACAAUCCAUGCAACUCAGCCACCACCAACAUGUGCACCCUUCCCAAGUACUCAUGGGCCUGGGAUGGGCCCACGCAUGCCUCCAUCAUCUCAGAAUUUGGGCUGGAGUGUUCGAGCUCCUUCAUCAUGGGCCUUCCAGCCUCCAUGUUCUUCGCGGGCUGCUUCGUUGGUGGGCUUGUAUUCUCCACUCUGGCUGACUCCUCAUUCGGUCGCAAGAACAUGCUCUUCUUUUCAUGCCUCAUCAUGUCCCUCUCUUCCUUCCUUGCCACUUUCUCAGCCAACGUUUGGGUUUACUCAGCUCUCAAAUUCCUCAGUGGCUUUGGCCGCGGCACCAUUGGAACUGUGACACUUGUGUUGGUCUCUGAACUCGUCGCUAAAGGGUGGCGUGGCAAGCUUGGUGUCAUGGGUUUCUCCUUUUUCAGUAUAGGGUUUCUGACCCUCUCACCCUUGGCCUACAUAAACCAAGGAUUUUCAUGGAGAAACCUAUAUCUAUGGACUUCUCUUCCAUCUAUUUUAUACUGCGGAUUAGUCCACUUUUUCGUUCCCGAGUCUCCAAGGUGGCUUCUCAUAAGGGGCAAGAAAGAAGAAGCUAUGAAAAUAUUGAAAAACAUCAAUACAUCAAUAACUCAUAGUAGCUUAAAGUUCGCUAUAUCACGCCUGUCCCUUGAGGAAGAAGUUUGGAAUGCAGAUUUGUUCUCGGCCCUCAAGAUUAUGUUGCAAAAGAAAUGGUCUUCAAGAAGGAUAUUAACGAUUACAGCCAUGGGGUUAGGCAUUGGAUUGGUUUAUUAUGGCAUGCCACUAGGUCUUGGAAUUUUGUCAUUCAACCUUUACCUGAGUGUCACAUUUAAUGCCUUGUCUGAGAUUCUAUCCGCAUUCCUCACCUACGUGCUUCUAGACAAGUUCAAUAGGAGAAGUAUGAUCUUCAUUCUCACCAUCAUAAGUGGGGUUUCGAGUGUUUUAGCAACCAUGGAAGGGGUGAUAAUAAUGAGAAGGCUGCAAAUUGUGUUUGAAUUGAUAUCUUUCUCUUGUGCUUGCACCGCGUGUGAUGUUGUCCUGAUAUACACCACCGAGUUGUUCCCAACUUCUAUACGAAACUCUGCAUUGUCAUUGGUGAGGCAAACGGUGGCGUUGGGUGGUGCAUUUAGUCCGGUGUUGGUGGCAGCUGGGAGAGAGCAUAGGUUUUUAUGCUAUGGAGUUUUGGGGUUGGCAAUAGGGUGCAGUGGGAUUUUUGGAGUGUGUUUGCCAGAGACCAAAGGCAAAGCAUUUUGUGAUACCAUGGAUGAAGAAGAAAGCAAUUGCUACUAG